CUCUUGGUAAUAAACCAGUCAACUACCAUCUCCAGACUCAUUCACAUGGCGGACCUUGCGUCCGCCAUACUGUAUUUCGUUCCUUAUAUUGAGGAACGGCUAAUGCCCUGGCUAUUUUCAAGCUAACCAGUAACGCCGUUAUUCAAGCAAAGCCCUGCACAUUGCUGCUUACUGGGCCAACAAACCAAAAAGUGUGAUCUCGCGCAACCUCCUAUAAAAUGUAUGCUAAACUCUAUGUACAAUCAACGUUGAGCUACAAACAAACACAGCCCAUCAUCCUCGCAUCCAAUCGAUGAACCCUCCCUUUCAUUUCUGAAUUUCUAAGACCCACCAUGUCGUUACUGACGUGGGUGAGCGAUGAAUUGCAUUCUGUCACCGGGAUGUCCGACAAGACAAUAGCCGCAUUCUUCCUGGAACUAGCCGCUACCGCCCAAACCAGUCAAGAGCUCCUCCAAAAGAUCCGUGACACCCAAACCAUCGAUGUGGAUCCCAAGGUCGAAGUAUUUGCUGCCAACUUGUUCCAACGAGUGCCUCGCCAAGCAACCGGGAAAUCCGCCGCUCAAGACCGUUUAAGAGCCAAUCGAGAAAAAGAGGAAGAAGCGCGCGAAAUGGCCCAGAAAAAGUAUCAAAUGGUGUCUUCUGAGGAGGAAACUGAUGAGGGUCUACAAGUCAAGAUUAGGAAAGUGAAGAAGGCCAAGAAGGCCAAGAAGAAGCGGGAAAAGGCUGACCGACCUGAAAGUGAGGAUGAAUUCGAUCACAUGGAACGGGAACGACGGCAAGACUUGAAGGAGCGGGAUGAGCUCAAUCAGCGAUUGAUUCAAAAGGACAAGGACAAACGAAGGAAUGUGGCCGAGAGGUCCGAUCAAAGAGCCUUGGAGGAGGCCAAGAAGCGACUGCAACAAGAGGCGCAAAAUCGGCAAGAAAUCAUCCCCAAUCUGAGGGUGGAGUCACGUCGAAAGUACCUGGCCAAGCGCAAGGAAGACAAGCUCCUGGAAUUGCAAGAUGAUAUCCAGGAUGAUCAGUUCCUCUUUGAAGAGUCCCAACUCACGGCUCGCGAGAAGAAAGAGCGGGACUACAAGCGAACCGUCCUGGAUCUGGCCCACAAACACUCCAAGGCCGGCGAGAUUGAAAAGGUCCAACGCUACCACAUGCCGCAAGAUCGCUCCAACCAAGAUCUGGAAGCCUAUGUCGAGGUGGAUGAGGGCGAGAAGCUGCCCAACUAUGAGCAGAAGAAGUGGGAAGAGACCCAUCUCCAUUCGGCCCAAUAUCGAUUCGGGGCCAAGGACGCCAAAGCGCGACAUGCCAAACAAGAGAAGCAAUAUGAUAUCCUCCUGGACGAUGAGAUCGAGUUCAUUCAGGCCCUCAAGAUCCCGGGCACCAAGGCGGACGAGGCCAAGGAGGAGGUCAGCGAGUAUCAGCAGAAACGCAUGACCAUCGAAGAGACCAAGAAGAGCUUGCCCGUGUUUCCCUUCCGAGAGAGUCUACUCGAGGCCAUCGCCGCCCAUCAAGUCCUGAUCAUUGAAGGUGAAACGGGCUCCGGCAAGACCACGCAGAUCCCCCAAUACCUCUAUGAGGCUGGUUUCACCAAAGAAGGCCAGAAAAUCGGGUGCACUCAACCCCGGCGAGUGGCCGCCAUGAGCGUGAGUGCACGCGUGGCCGAGGAAAUGGGCGUCAAAUUGGGCAACGAGGUCGGCUACAGUAUCCGAUUCGAAGACUGCACGUCGGAGCGGACCAUUCUCAAGUACAUGACGGACGGCAUGCUGUUGCGCGAGUUUCUCUCCGAGCCCGAUUUGGGCAGCUACAGCGUCAUGAUCAUCGACGAGGCCCACGAGCGCACGCUCCACACGGACAUCUUGUUCGGCCUCAUCAAGGACAUUGCCCGAUUCCGUAGCGACUUGAAGCUCCUCAUCUCGAGUGCCACGCUCGACGCGGAAAAGUUUUCGGAAUUCUUCGACGACGCACCCAUCUUCCGGAUCCCCGGUCGGCGGUUUCCCGUGGACAUUUACUACACCAAAGCCCCGGAGGCCGAUUACAUCGAUGCGUGUGUCGUGACCGUGCUCCAAAUCCAUGUGACCCAACCCUUGGGUGAUGUGCUGGUGUUUCUCACGGGUCAAGAAGAGAUCGAAACCUGUCAGGAGUUGCUCACCGAGCGAACCCGCAAACUAGGCACCAAGAUCAAGGAGCUCCUCAUCGUGCCCAUCUACGCCAAUCUCCCAUCAGAUAUGCAAUCCAAAGUGUUCGAGAAGACCCCGCCGGGGGCACGGAAAGUGGUUCUGGCCACUAAUAUCGCCGAGACCUCACUCACGAUCGACAACAUCAUUUAUGUGAUCGACCCGGGAUUCAACAAGCAGAACUCCUACAACGCCAGAACGGGUAUGGAGUCGCUCAUUGUGGUUCCCGUAUCCAAGGCCUCGGCUAAUCAGCGCGCUGGUCGGGCUGGCCGAGUGGCCGCAGGCAAAUGUUUCCGUCUCUACACGGCAUGGGCCUAUCAGCACGAGCUCGAAGAGAACUCCGUGCCCGAGAUUCAGCGGGUGAAUCUGGGUAACGUGGUGAUACUGCUCAAAUCCCUGGGGAUCAAUGAUCUGAUCCACUUUGAUUUCCUGGAUCCACCUCCUCACGAGACCUUGGUAUUAGCUCUCGAGCAGUUGUACGCUCUGGGAGCACUGAACCACAUGGGCGAGCUCACCAAGCUAGGUCGACGCAUGGCAGAGUUCCCGGUUGAUCCCAUGAUGUCCAAGAUGAUCUUGGCCUCCGAGAAGUACAAGUGCUCGAACGAGAUCCUCACCAUAGCGGCCAUGUUGUCCAACAAUAGCUCGAUCUUCUAUCGUCCCAAGGACAAGAUCAUCCACGCAGACACGGCCCGUAAGAACUUCUUCGUGCCCGGGGGUGAUCAUCUGACCUUGAUGAAUAUUUACAAACAGUGGGCGGAUACGGACUUUUCGUCCCAGUGGUGCUAUGAGAACUACAUCCAAUAUCGGUCCAUGAAACGUGCGCGCGACAUUCGGGAUCAAUUGGAAGGAUUGUUGGAGAAGGUCGAGAUCGAAGUGGUGAGUAAUCCUGGCGACACGGAGAACAUUCGCAAGACCGUGACGGCGGGCUAUUUCUACCACACGGCUCGCCUCUCCAAAGGCGGCAAUUACAAGACGGUCAAGCACAACCAGACCGUGAUGAUUCACCCGAAUAGCUCAAUGUUCGAAGAUCUCCCUCGUUGGGUCAUCUACUUCGAGCUGGUCUUCACCACCAAAGAGUUCAUGCGCAACGUGAUCGAGAUCAAGAACGAUUGGCUGUUGGAGGUGGCUCCUCAUUACUACAAAUCCAAGGAACUCGAGGACUCGACCAACAAGAAGAUGCCCAAGGGAAAGGGCAAGGCCUUAACCGAACUCGUCCGCAGCUGAUCAUAAAUCUGAUUAAAACCGUGAUAGCAUCUAUAUAUGAACUAUUAAAUAAUAUUAUAGUUUGA